AGAAGGCGGGAAGUGGCCAGUGUGAGGAGGGGGCCGAGCGCAGGGCCUGGGGCGGGGCAGGCCUGGGCUCCGCAUCAGAGGCCCUCGGUGGUGCCAGGCGUGUUCUCCCCCCCAAAUGCCGACCCGACACACCAGAGUUUGAGGCUUGGAGGAGCCAAGUACAUAAAGACACAGCCCCGCUGCCUUCAAAGAGUUCACAGUCUAGGAGUGACACUUGCAAAAGAAGUGAAAAUAAAAGACCUCCAGAAACAUGGAAGGAGGAGAUGAAGGAGCCCAUCACUUCUCAGAGUCCAGUAUCUGACCAGACGAAUACCACAGAACCCAAGAUAUCAACAUGUCAAGUCAAGACUGGAUACUGGUAGCAGCAUGACCAAAUACAUUGAGAAGCUAGAAGAGAUUAAAAAAAAUUAUAGAUACAAAAAAGAUGAACUUUUCAAGAGACUAAAAGUUACCACUUUUGCCCAGCUGGUCAUUCAAGUCGCUUCCCUGUCAGAUCAAACACUGGAAGUGACAGCUGAAGAGAUCCAAAGGCUCGAAGGUAAUGGGCAUCGAGGAGACAAUGAUUCUGCAACUUCAGAGGCUGAUGCUGAAACCGCUGCCAAGACCAAUGGGAAAGGGAGCCCUGGGGGACAGUCACCCAGCCCUGUCCAGUUCAUCAACAGCACAGGAGCAGGGGACUCCAGCCGCUCCACUCUGCAGAGCGUCAUCAGUGGCGUUGGGGAACUGGAUGUAGACAAAGGGCUCGUAAAGAAAGAAGAGCCCAGUGGCAAAGACAAGCCUUAUCCGGACUGUCCCUUCCUGCUGCUGGACGUUCGGGACAGAGACUCUUAUCAGCAGUGUCACGUUAUCGGGGCUUACAGUUACCCCAUUGCAACUCUAUCCAGGACAAUGAACCCCUAUUCAAAUGACAUUCUUGAAUACAAAAAUGCUCAUGGCAAGAUCAUCAUUCUGUACGACGACGACGAAAGGCUGGCCAGCCAGGCAGCCACCACCAUGUGUGAGCGCGGGUUUGAGAACCUCUUCAUGCUUUCCGGGGGUCUGAAAGUCUUAGCUCAGAAGUUCCCAGAAGGACUGGUCACUGGCUCCCUGCCAGCCUCUUGCCAGCAGGCCCUCCCUUUUGGUUCUGUCCGGAAACGACCCAGCCCCAAAAUGCCAGCCCUGCCAGCUGAGAACAAGUGGAGAUUUACCCCAGAAGACUUAAAAAAGAUAGAAUGUUACCUGGAAGCGGACCAGGGACCAGCAGACAACCCUAGCCGACUGAACCAGAAUAACUCUGCUGGAAAAGACUCGAAGGUACCUGCUGGUCGUGGUGGCCAAAACCUGCCCACCAGCUGUCCUGCCAGCCACUCCAACUCCCGCACUCUCAACAGUGGUCACCUGCAAGGCAAACCCUGGAAGUGAAGGCCUGUGUUGUUUAGUCAAAUAAAUGUCCCCUCCUUUUGUAACCCCCAGCACUCCCAACUUGGUCCUUUUCAGAGCUGCUGUAGAGAAACAGCCAUGCUACACGGGCUGGACCAGGCCCACCUCUUCCUGUCUGCAGCUCCCCUCCCUUCACACAGGAGGGAUUUUGACAGAUGACCACAAAACCCAGAGGCUUGACAGGCUCUAGUUGCCCUCCCUAUUGUUUACAGAAGAUGCAUGUCUUUUGAAAUUGAAUAGGAAAAAAGAAAGAUACUUUCUUUUAAAUAAGGUCCAGCCUGUUUGGUGUAUAACCAGUGUUGUUCUGUAAAUAAUUCAGUCACAUCUGCUGGUGUGUUCUUCCCAGACAGCUUUUCUCAUUCACUGUUGAUUCAUGAAAGAUUCUUCAGGUGGGCCUGGCAUUGGCCACUGUCCCCGGGGGUGCAUAUGAACUCUUGGUUCCUGCAGCCCACAGGCCCCACACUGGGCCAGGUGGCUGGCUGAGUCUUAGCUCUCUCUGCAUGCUGCAGCCUCCACUGGGCAUUUGAAGCUGAGGGCUGGUCCGUGAGCAUGGGUCCAUCUUACUGGUUUAGCAGAGAAGCUCUGUGCAAAAGGAUCUCCUCCUUAAAUGGUUUCCUGGGACCAGAAAGGGUGUAUGCUCAGUUGUUCUCACCAGAAAGAGGACCCCAGCAUCCUACAGGUCUGUGCUGAGAGCCCUGGAAGGCCACCACAGCUGUCCCCGUCAUUAUGAGCCUUAUAGCAAGUAAAAUUUCCCAUUGCCUGAUGUGAGUCCAGCUAUGUUAGAUGGGUAGAAAUCACAGUCACUUGAAAGCGUCAGCUUCACUUAGACAAGGGGACACACAGGUGAGGGGGACUCAUGAGUCCUUUGUCAGGGCUGACAACCCCUUGCUUAAAAAUACAGUAUUAGUCUAAUUGAGUAAUUAGUGCAAUUUCCUGCUUGCUUUUCAUUCUCACGACUGAGCUGUGAUUAGGAAGCUGUGAUUAUAGAUUCUGGUUUUGGCCGGAAUUUUGAAUUGGCAUUAAUUGAAUUGCUAGAUGACUGACAUCCAUUCUAUUUAAUUGGGGGAACAAAAGACCUCAGGUAAGGAUGAGGCACAUGAAGUCAUAGGGAAGGACGAGCCUUGUUAAUUUUUAUGGUCUGUGAUUGUAGCUGUGAUAAGGGACUAAAGAAUAAAUUGUGCUCUUUGUCAUGGCAACCAGCUUCUGAAAAGCCAGCUGAAAAUUGCCUAUCCUUAGGUGGUUACUGCUGCUGGGUAAGAUUUGCCUUAACAGUACUAUUUUCUCACCACUUUAAAUCAAAAAAAAAAAAAAAAAAAAGGAAGAGGCCCACAGUAUUUCUAGCACGGAGGCCGUGUUUGUAAGAGAAGUAAACGUAAUAAAUAUCUCAUGGAGACAUAUGGAAAAAUAACUCAGUCAGCUCAGCUCUGUUCAGAAUGUGUUUAUUCUUCUCUACUUGAUUUCCAAAGUACAACAUUUUCCAAUGCUUGAGAAAUCAAACAAACCAGGGACAUUGUUCAGAUGUCAGGCCAUGCCCAAAUUUCCACAGGAUUCAAGAAUCGUGUAUAACAUUCAGCCAAUGUACACAUAGCUUUAAUGAGGAGCCUGUCGUGUUUCCCCAUAAAUUUAUUGCCUGAGAACUUGGUUCAGCCUUUUGCUAAUGCCAAAAUGUACUGGCUUUCUAUUUUCUUUAUGGCAUAGAUUGAAAAAUGCAAAUUUUUCCACACUCAACUUUCCCCUAGCAUGGACAAGAUUUUCGGUCAUCUUUGACACAUAUACAUUUUUAAGGAAAAUACUUUUCAUCUGUAACAAAGUUCUGAUUUGCCAGUUUAACAUCACGUCUUCAGGAGGUGGACCUCUUCACCCAAUUCUGUUUUGAAAGUCUUCUGUCUGUCCCUGUUCUGCAUUCCCACCAAUGGAUGUUGGUGUUAGAAGUGAGUGUGUACACGUACAGUCUGUUUCUGCGAAGCUGUUGGAAUUGCUGUGUAUUUACUGGUGUGGUCUAGCAGGCGGAAUACAUUUCCAUGUGUUCCUCCAUAGCUCUUUGCCCUGUUGGCAAGGAUCUCAAACUUCCAAGAGAGCCAGUCUCCUUCUGCACUCAGUGUUCCUCUCUGACGCUGUUGCUUCUUAAUGUUCCACUUUACCGGUUUCUUCAUUAGAUUAUUUGACAUGUAUUAUUUAAAUGAUCAGUGAUACUUUGUGCAAUUAUGAAUGUUGAAGAUUAAAAAACGUAGUUACUAAUUUGUCGUUUGCUAUUAAUGUGCUUAAACCUGCCCACUUCUCUCUUCCUUUCUGUCAGAAUGAUCUGGGGGAGCCCCAGGAGACUAGAGUGAUUUGAAAAUGUACCUCUUUUUACUGCAUUUCCCAGAAAGGCGUAUGCUCUUUGCAUCAAUGAAUCUGGAAAUCAUUCCAAUUUAGAGCAAGAGACCAUAGCUUUCUAGUUAGGAGACCCGUGUUUUUCCUGGAACUCAGGCAGGGCCGGAUUGCUACCUUGGCCGACUGUCUCAUGGCUUUCGUGUCAUUGUGUUGAGGACUGGUUUGUCCCCCUUGUCUGGAGGCUUGUGCACUCUGUGAGGAAGGCGCUCCAUGAUGAUACGUGCUGUCCUCUGCCCAGUGUCUCGUCAAUAAAAUGUUUAUCUCCCCAAGGAGGUAUGUGUUUAAAGAAAGGGAGGCCAUUUAAGGGGGUACGCUAUUUAAGAGGUCAGGCAGGAAGGAAGCCAGAAGACAAAGAAGGGAAGAUAGAAGAGAGGCAGGAAGUGACAGGAGGGAGGAAGGGAAAAGCUACAGUGUUCAUUCAAAAAAAGGGGGGACAUCCUGGGCUGUAACCUCAGGCUGGGUCUAUUGAAAAUCCGUGGAAUGAGUAAAUAGCCUAAAAGUAAUUUUCUUUUUCUUUCUCUGCGGUGGGAAGCCAGAGCCAGCAGUCAUAUUGGACUGGAUGUAAACAGGAAUUAGAAUAAAUAAUGUCCGUUAGUUGCUCAGGGAGCUUUUCCUGUGGUGCUGUUUAAAUUCUACAGAACUUAAGACAUUAAGCUACUCAUAAGCAAACAGAACAAAACCCUUCUUCUCUAGUUCCCUUGUGGAAUAUAAGUUGUCAGGAUCCUGGUCUGGAAGAAAUAUGCCAGUGAUUUUUCUUGUUGGUUUUCGUUCCCACCAGGUUGUUUAUUGUCUACAGAGUCUGUCUUUUAUGUUGUCUGACAUGUUUGGGGACAUAACCAAUUUUAGUCUGCCUGCACGUAAAUCUAUGACUACCUCUUCUUGUAAGAUAAUCAGUCAUUAAGAAUAUUUAACAAACUGUUGGAUAUCUUUAAUGUGCAUUUUUGUUCUUCACAGUUUUUUCAAAGAUCUAAGCCCCAUAAUACUUCUCUCUC